AUGAGCGAACGUGUUCAAUACAGGCGUUCCCCCGACAAAACCGAAGCAUGGAUUCUUGGUAGUGGAACUGCGCCUUUGGCGUCGGCGUUGUAUUUGGUGCAUUUCGCUAAUGUACCUGCGUCCCAGGUGCAUAUCCUCGAUUCUCAUAUUUCAAUGGGACAAGUCUUGCAUAACAACGGGGAUCCCGUUAAUGGAUAUGAUCAAUUUGCAGGAUGCUUACCUGUUCCACUCGGAAAGCCUUUGAAGGAGCUUCUUUCCAUGGUGCCUUCAGUGACCCGUCUGGGGCAGACUGUUCUGGAUGAUAUCAAAUCCGCAGAAAAGGAGCGUAUCAAGCAGCGGGCUGGUCGGACACGAUUUCUGGUCCAGAAGAACAACGCUUUGAAUGACAUUCAUACCAGCUCGUUGAACUUGAAUGCCAAGCAUCGUCUAGAGUUGGUCUUAUUUAUGCUGAAGGGAGAGAAACGUCUGGGAAGAAAUCAAAUCCGAGACUUUUUGCCUAACUCGUUCUUCCAAAGCACAUUCUGGACCAUCUGGUCAGCUCAGUGUGUAUUCCCCAAGUCCCCGACUAACCUUCUCAGGCUGAUAAGUCCCAGGUUUGGAUUUCAGCCAUGGCACAGCGCAAUUGAAUUCAGACGUGCUAUCCGUCAAUAUCUCAACGAUUUCCACAGCUUAAGCAUUCUGAGCUGUCUGGAUAUCACCGGAUAUUACCAACAAGACUCAAUAUUCCUGCCCAUUUUUCUGCACCUUCAGAGCCUGGGCGUGGAUUUUCAUUUCGAUACCUCAAUCACCGACAUCAUAUCGACGGUUCAAAGUGGCCAGGAAAAAAUUUCGCAGCUUCGCAUGAUUCAAAAUGGAUUCUCAAUGCAGCAGAAAAUCAGCGAGGACGACAUCGUCUUCAUAACACCAGGUUCUACCAUCUCGGGCAUGACGAGAGGGACGAACGAUCAUCCUCCAGGUCGGCAUUCACUCGAGCCUCACGACGAGCUCGAUGAGAAUUGGGCAAUCUGGCUGGAAAUUGGAACCCGAAAUGACACACUAGGUAACCCGUACAACUUCUGCACCCGCGAAUCAGAAUCACUACUGGAAUCUUUCACAAUCACAACUUCAGAUCCUGGUUUCAUCGAAUACGUGGACUUACAGACCCAUAAUGACACUGACGCUGGCUCUAUCAUUUCUUUUGAUGAGAGUCCGUGGAAAAUGAGUUUCUGUAUACCAACACAACCCGUCUUCGUCCACCAACCGGCAAAUGUUCGUAUUUUUUGGGGCUUUGCUCUCUUCCCGAGACGCCAGGGAGAUUAUGUCCGGAAACCGAUGUAUGAUUGUUCGGGAGCGGAGAUCACAAAGGAAUUAUUGGGGCAUCUACACUUUGCUUCCCAACCAUCGAAGACUACAACUAUUCCUCGUGUUAUGCCGCGGAUGACUGCCAUGUUAUUGAUUCGCUCACUUAAUGACCGUCCGCAGGUUAUACCGCAGGGUAUCUCCAAUCUUGCCUUGAUUGGACAAUUCGUUGAAAUUCCGCAUUAUAGCUGUGUUGAUACUAGCUAUGGCGUUCGUACUGCGCAGGUGGCCGUAUCUCGGAUGAUGGGCCUUGAUCAUCGUUUUGACCAGAAGAAAUCGUCAAUUCUGAACCUACUUAAGAUUUUGUUGUGGAAGUGA